GGGAACCCCGCGUCUAUGGGUGAGACGGCGUCCAGGGUGUCCUACCCUUUUCCUCUCAGGUUCCUGGAGUGGCUGAGGGGUCCAGAUCCUCAGGCCAAGACUCUCCAGAGAAGAAUUUCCAAUCCAUACCUUGAGCACACUUCUUCCCAGAUUUAUGGGGAGAAUUCUUCUUGUGCAGGAAGAGCACUGAGGAAUAUCAUUAUCGUCCAGGCAGCUGAUCUGAUCAAGGACAGAGCGAACCUCAAGGGAUUUUACAGGCGAAGCUGUGUUGGGUCAGAACUGGUUGACUGGCUUCUGGAACACUGUCCUUUCGUCCAGUGCAGAUCCACGGCCAUAGGGGUCUGGCAGCUCCUACUGGACAUGGGGAUUCUGUCAUCAGUGGACCAGCAUUUAUACUUUCAGGACACUUACGUUUUCUAUCAGUUUUCAUCUGAUGAAUGUAGCUAUCUAUACUGUGAAUUCGAACGAGAAGAAGAAUGGCAAAAUGGUGUCAAAAUGUUACUGCAGCUUUUGCCUGUCAUUCGCACCAGAGCUGGCAUCUGUGAACUGUCCCAUCGGAAAAUUGAAGACUCGGAAGAAAGCAGUGAUGAAAUUCUUGCGCGUCUAACGUCGGCGGUGCAGAGAGAGCUAGCAGCUGUCAUUGCUUUGAAAGCAAAGAAGUCUGCAAUUGAACAAGAUGAGGAGAGCAGUGACAAGCACGUGCCUGCGGCAGAAGCUGACGGUGUUCCAGAUCCUCAGGCGGGGGUGAUGUGCAAGCUUCAGGAGAGAGAGGACAUCGGGCGCAUCGAGCUGGUCCAGAAGCUGGCGAGGGAGAACUGUCAGUUUUUGCAGACGGACAAAAAGGAACAGGACAAAUCUGAACACGAUGGUGAGGUGACCACAGUCCGAGAGCAGGAGCAGAAUGUCCUGGUGCUGAGGAAAGUGCAGCGCGGUGGCCCGGCCCCCCCAGGCGGGAGCACCGACAGCGAUUGGAGAUACGUGGUCGUGUCCGGGACCCCCGAGAAGAUCUUGGAGCACCUUUUGAAUGACUUGCACCUGGAAGAAGUCCAGGACAAAGAAACAGAAACCCUCCUUGAUGACUUCCUCCUCACGUACACCGUCUUCAUGACCACGGACGACUUGUGCCAGGCGCUGCUGAGACACUAUUCUGCUAAGAAGUAUCAAGGCAAAGAAGAAAACUCGGAUGUUCCUUGUCGGAAACGUAAGGUCUUGCAUCUUGUUUCGCAGUGGAUUUCUCUGUACAAAGACUGGCUACAUGAAGAUGAACAUUCCAAAAUGUUCUUAAAGACCAUAUACAGGAACGUACUGGAUGAUGUAUAUGAAUAUCCAAUACUUGAAAAAGAAUUGAAAGAAUUUCAAAAGAUACUUGGAAUGCACCGUCGUCACACCGUCGACGAAUAUUCACCACAGAGAAAGAAUAAGGCCCUUUUCCACCAGUUCAGUCUUAAGGAGAACUGGCUCCAGCAUCGAGGCACUGUGACUGAAACGGAGGAAAUUUUUUGCCACGUGUACAUCACGGAGCACUCGUACGUCAGCGUGAAGGCGAAAGUGUCCAGUACAGCCCAGGAGGUCCUGAGAGUCGUGGCGGAGAAGAUCCAGCACGCGGAAGAGGACCUGGCCCUGGUGGCCGUCUCCUUCUCCGGGGGAAAGCGUGAACUUCAUCCCAAUGACCUGGCCAUCUCCAAAUCCCUGGAAGCAUCUGGCCGGAUAUAUGUCUACCGGAAAGACCUGGCUGACACUUUGAACCCAUUGGCAGAAAAUGAGGAGUCCCAGCAAAGGCCGUUGAGGAUCUUGGGAAUGAACACUUGGGAUCUUGCUCUGGAAUUAAUGAAUUUUGAUUGGAGUCUCUUCAAUUCCAUUCACGAGCAAGAGCUGAUCUAUUUCACAUUCAGCAGACAAGGAAGUGGGGAGCACACCGCCAACCUCAGCCUCCUGCUCCAGCGCUGCAAUGAGGUCCAGCUCUGGGUGGCCACGGAGAUUCUGCUCUGCAGCCAGCUGGGCAAGCGGGUGCAGCUGGUGAAGAAGUUCAUCAAAAUCGCCGCCCACUGCAAAGCCCAGAGGAACCUGAAUUCUUUCUUUGCUAUUGUGAUGGGUCUCAACACUGCUUCUGUCAGCCGGCUGUCGCAGACCUGGGAGAAAAUCCCUGGGAAGUUUAAGAAACUUUUCUCUGAACUUGAAAGUUUAACAGAUCCCUCCCUGAACCACAAAGCUUACAGAGAUGCGUUCAAAAAGAUGAAGCCGCCCAAAAUCCCGUUCAUGCCCUUACUGCUCAAAGAUGUAACAUUUAUUCACGAGGGAAAUAAAACGUUUUUGGAUAAUCUCGUCAAUUUUGAGAAGCUGCAUAUGAUUGCCGACACCGUCCGGACCCUGAGACACUGCAGGGCCAACCAGUUUGGAGGGGACAUGUCUCCAAAAGAGCACCAGGAGCUGAAGUCCUACGUCACCCACCUGUACGUCAUCGACAGCCAGCAGGCCCUGUUCGAGCUCUCCCACCGGAUCGAGCCCCGCGCGUGAGCCCAGCCGCACCCCCCUGAGCACCUGCAGCUCUCCCGCCACAGGACGUCCGUGCCCAGCACGUCCCUUUCCUGGGAGAAAAGAAGCUGCUGAGUUUUAUCAGUAACUCACGAGACAUGCUCCAGCCACCCGCGGUGGGG